AUGAAGGCCUAUUGGUACGACAACAAGCCAGGUGACCAGCGCGAGCCUCACGACUCCGGUCGGCCUGUCUCUGAAGAGAAGCUCGCUUCGCUCGGUGUGACAUAUCACCACUGCCCGACAAUCGAGGCGGUCUGUGUGUCUCCGCAGGCUAUGGGCGAUAUUUACGAAGAGAAGGUGAAAAUGUUCUUCGCGGAGCAUCUUCAUGAGGAUGAGGAGAUUCGGUACAUUCUGGACGGUGAAGGUUACUUUGACGUCCGUGGCCAAGAUGAUGAAUGGAUCCGCAUCGAUCUGGUGAAGGAUGACAUGAUCAUUCUUCCGGCGGGCAUUUACCACCGCUUCACAACCAACGAGUCAAAUUAUGUCAAGGCUAUGCGUCUAUUCCAAGACGAGCCCAAGUGGACUCCACUGAACCGCGACGCGGAGGUUGAUGUGAACCCGCAUCGUAAAAGCUAUGUGGAGAAAAUCUUGAAGCCUACCGCGGCUGCGAACUAG